GUUUUAGUGAGAGCAGGAACAGCUUCUGACGUGGAGUCACGAACUGCUGAGGCACCAAAACACGAAAGAUGUCGUUUGUGAGUGACAAGCUGUACAAUGGAUACUUGAAGCCGAAAAUGGGGGCCAUUGUGAGCACGGUGAAAGUGAGAGAAAUAAUGAUCCACCUGCCCUGCUUGACUCUUCACGACAGGGAAACCAUAGAGGCAAAAAGAGAAACUUCUGGGAACUUCAACGGCAUGGUGCUUCUUCUGGAUUGUCUGAGGAGAAGAGAAAGGUGGCCGGAGCAGUUCAUCAACGCACUGGAGGCGUGUGAGCACACGACUCUGGCAGCAGAGAUCAGGGCAGAAUACGACUCUCUGAGAGGCGUCAACAAUUCCCACCCCGGCUCCGCUCCAACGACUGUGGUCAGCGCACACGUCCAUCCUGCACCACCCGCCUGUCCUCUGGCCGUCCCAGAGAGUGGAGCCAGCAGUCAGGCUGCUCCUCCAGAGCUGGACGCCCGGGCCUCACCACCUCCGGAAACCUCCGUGCAGCCACAAGUCCCCGAGGCUAUUUCUCCCCCCAAGCCGGUCCCUGAGUCAACUCCGGUUGAAGUGGCGGCCCGUCCAUCAGCACCUCCCCUGGCGUCCCCUGACAGCGCACACACUCCGGCGACUACAAGCCCAGCGCCUCAGAGGGAGAUCACCUUCCAGCAGGAGCCGGAAGAGAACUCUGAAUCCGACAUCCAGGAUAUCUCCGGUGGUGACGGGGUGACCCCUGAUCGGGAGAGCGCGGACAACGGCGAGGUAUCGAUUGACCCCGUGAGCGAACCUCAACCGACCCCGAGUGCGACGGACACUCCACCUCGCCCGGAUCUCCUCCAAACAACGAUGACCUCCACAGAGGUCAGGCCGCCACAGAGUCCCUCUCCCACCCAGAUGAACUCGGAUGUCCUCACGGUGACCCCAGAGAAGCCUCCGGUCCAGGACACCACGCCUCCAGCUGUUGUCCUGAAGCCUGAAGAGACUCCUGAACAUCCGUCCACACAGGUUGUUGAAAGCAGCCCGCAGACGGAAACCUCCCCCCCCCUGCCGGGUUCUGCUGCUAUCGACGCCUCUCUCUGCGACGACGGCGACGUGUGUCUGAGCAAGCCCAGCCAACUCGUCAGCAUCCAACCUCAAAACAACGGCGGCGCCGCCGCCCCUGCAGCCGGCGCCGCCGUGCAGCCUUACUCCGGUGACAGCGGUCGUCUGGAAUUGAGCGAUUCUGCGCCGGACGCCGUGACCUUCGCCCGACCUCCCGCGCGCUCCGCCUUCAGCUCCACCGCGGUGAGUACAUCGUCCGCACUGCCGUGCCAGGAGAGCGGCAUUUCUCUGAACCACAAUGAACCGGAGGAAAACCACUACGAGUCCCCUCGUCAGAGUCUGGAGACGCAGCGGGUGAUGACCCACGUGGUGCACGUGGCCGAGGAGGCGUCCAUCCUCGACCUCGACGGCCAGAGCCCAGAACGAGCCGCGUCUCGUCACGGCGAAGCGGCCGAGGAGAGCGUGAACACCCCCUGCAGCGAGGACCGCCCCCCCUAUGAGCCCGCGCCCGCUGAUAUUUCGACAAAGUCUGAUUCAGAGAAGACGACGACUGCUUGCACCCUGUCAGCCAAUAGAAAGUACAUUCUGACAGCUGCAGCAGUGGGCGCCUGUGCGCUGCUGUUGGCGAGGAGGUUUAGGAAUUAAGGGGAUUUAAUACCCGUUUUAACCCUCCUGUUACCUUCACAUUUACUAACAUAUUUUGCCCUCGGGGUCAAUUUGACCCCAGCAAUUAAAACCUCCAGAAAAAUAUUAGAAUUAAUAUUGUUUCCCAAGUUUAAGUGUGAGGUACUUUAUGUUUGUUUGUUGACCACCUAAAUAGCCCUUUAAAUAUAUAAAAAAGUUGAUAUUUCUUAUAUGUUUGACACAGUGAAAAACAGCCUGGGGUCAAAUUGACCCCGUAGAACACCGACGUUAAACAUUGAAUGGGGUCAAAUUGACCCUAAAGGUAACAGGAGGGUUAAAUGAAGUGCAAAUUAGGCUAUGAAAAGAGGAUCUUUAGGUGAUGGUGCCUUAUUGUCGUCACUGGAAAGGCGAGAGGCAGCUGUUUAAUAAUUAGCGAUAGUAAUACGAGCUGAUUUGCCAGACCUUUGAUCAUGUCAUUAAUUUCAAGUAUUUUGUGAAGUCGCAUUAUGUUUUAUUAUUUUGAAUGUAGAAUGACGUUUGCCGUCGUGAGCAAAAACCCAAACUACCCUUCUUAUUUUAGUUAUGGAACUUCAUGGAACUGGGGUUGAGAUCUCAGGUCAUUUAUGCACUUGCUGCAUAAAUAUGUGGUGUGUUAUGAUACACUUAAGCUGCGUAUUAGUGAUAUAAAUGUUUGUAUGUUCACUUGUCUGAUAAGCACUUUUAAGAUAAGACUGUUGUCUGUCAUCCAGUAAAGAUUAGUGUACAAAGGACCUGCAUUUUACUGGAUGUGGACUGUGGGAGAAAGAGUAUCCAGCAUCACACUGUAAAUGAUGGCCAGUGCACUGUCUGUAUUUAUUUUAGGGCUGUCAGCGUUAACGCGUUAAUCUAUGCGAUUAAUUUGACCGCGUUAACGUACUAAAAUAUUUUCACGCAAUUAACGCAACUUUGUUUACUUCCGGUGUGCGUUGACACUGUUUCCAUUUUUAAAACAAUUAUUUCUCCGCGAAAAUAAGAAGCAGAAAUCAGUUUAACUCGUGGAUGAAUCAGUCGGGUUUCCUCCUGCUCCUCCUUCCUCCCGUCUCCCCCUCUGAGACACAGAGGAACCGAGGGGCGACGUGUCGGGUGACGCGGCGCGAAAAGAACUCGUCACACGAAACCUUCACCGUGAUUUAUCAAUCCGUUUGUCCGUCAACAUUUAGCGAAAAAAACAACCAAUGAACACUCAGUAAAUCACAAAGGACCGACCCACCACACAGGUGAAGCUCAUUAGCAGCCUGUCAGUCAGAGAACCAGAGAACACGGCGCAAGGACAAUGUGUUUCAAUAUAUAUAGAGCUGAGAUUGUUCUGGAAUGUUUGAUGUAUGCACGUUAACAUGUGUCAUAUGCAAAAGCCUUUAAAAGGUGAAUUUACAUUUUUUUGUAAAAUGGAGAACAUGAGCCCAGCCCCCAGAGGGUUAACGUGACAUAUGUGAAUGUCAGUCAGUUCCCAAGGCCACUGGUUCUGCUGUUCAAUGUUAAAGAUGACAGGACCAAUGGGGUCUCAAUCUACUUCUUUUUUUUUUUACUAAUCUGGAUGUUUCACUGAAGAAACAAUUUAUCAUCCACAAUAUUAAAUACCUCGCUGGCACUUUAUAGGUAGGAGCCUCUUUGAAAACACAGCUCUGUGUGAAGUUUUGUCUUUAAAAAGAAGGAAAAAAAACUUUUAAUCGCGAUUAAUGAAUUUCAAAAUGUGCGAUUAAUUAGUAAAUUUUUUUUAAUCGAUUGACAGCCCUAAUUUAUUUAUAUUUGUAUAUAUUAUAUAGGUAUUUUAAGAUAAACGGAUGUAUCAGAAAUGUACCAACGCAUUACCUUUUUAAAGAAUCAGUCAGCUAAACACUGCAUCAUUUAAUAGCAUACCAGUAAAACCAUGGCACAGAUAUCUUCUCCGUAGCUUCAUAUUGAACUGGGUUUUGCAAUAGUAAUUUCUGUGGUUAUUGUUAAAUUCUUCUGUUUUGAUGUUUGAAAAGUUUGUUCUUCUUUUUAAAUAGAAGCACGUUUGAGAAUUCAUGUUCUGUAAUAUGCCAUUUAUUUGCAUUGUCAACAUAAUAAAUGUCAGAAAAGACCAAGGAUAUUAUGGGACAAUCAAAUGUCAAAAUGUUGAGUCACUGUCUCUAGCUAUGGACUUGACAUCCUAUAAACAAAAGAAUAAAUCCUUUAUUAAGUGUGCAAUGUUUAUUUCCCUGCAGAGCAAUCAUAGGUGUACGGUGCAUUUUAUAGUGUUUAUGGAUUAUUUGGGAGUAGCUGGAUCAUUAUUUUGCUAUUUUGCAUCCUGAAAACAAGAUUAUUUCCAUUUGAAUGCUAUUUUGUAAAUUAAAUAUCCAUUGCCCGAGCAUUAUAAAUAUAUCCUUUUCUUCGGAUUAAAAAAAAAAUGUCAUGACAUGUUUAAGGUUUAUCAAUAUGUAUUGUUUAAGCUAUAAUAAAUACAUAACAUAUAGGAUCCGG